CAACAGGCUAGACAGCGCUGAAGUGCAUAAGUUGCGUGUGUUCGAAUGUAAACCAGGGCACAAGAAGGGUACACAGGCAAAUAGGCUUAGACCUACUGAUAUACGUGUCAGUGGUGUUUCAGCAGUUCGACGGAGAGGAAGGGGAGAUACUAACGAACAUUCUACUUGUACGAAAUACGGGAUCAGUGCUGCAUAUUCGCAUUUAUUGCGUGACACCAAGUUUCUGCAACAUAGUGUGCACUGUGCAAAGUUACAUACUUUAACCAUGCCCGAGACAAAGCCGUUUGAAAGACUACCAAAAUUAGUGAUUCCAAAACAUUAUAACCUGAAACUGAAGCCUAACCUGAAGACAUUUGUAUUUGAAGGUGAAGAGGCCAUAAAAGUUGAGGUGAAUCAGUCCACAGACAGAAUAGUACUCAACUCUUUGGAUUUGAACAUCAAAAGCGUGAAGUAUACUUCAUCGGCUGGAAAUCCUAUUAAACCUCUGGAUUGCAGUAUAUCGGCUAAAGAUGAGACACUUACGUUGUUGUUUGGUGAGCCAAUUCCAGUUGGUGAAGGAUCACUUGAAUUUAAUUUCAUUGGUGAACUUAAUGAUAAGAUGAAAGGAUUUUACAGAAGUAAAUAUGUGAGUCCAGAUGGAGAGGAACAUUACGCUGGCGUCACUCAGUUUGAACCUACGGAUGCCAGACGUUGUUUCCCAUGUUGGGACGAGCCAGCCGUCAAGGCAACGUUUAAUGUAACUCUGGUUGUUCCUGAGAAUAAAGUUGCACUGUCAAAUAUGCCAGUGAUGUCUGACGAGGUUGAAACAGACUCUGGGCUACGUGUGGUGAAGUUUCAUACGACUCCCAUUAUGUCAACAUACCUGGUUGCUGUAGUUGUCGGAGAAUACGACUAUGUGGAAGAUGUGUCACUUGAUGGUGUGCAGGUUCGUGUAUACACACCUGUUGGAAAGAGCGAGCAAGGUCGCUUUGCGCUAGACGUUGCCACCAAAGUGCUUCCGUAUUACAAGGAUUACUUUCAAAUUGCAUAUCCAUUGCCAAAGAUUGAUCUCAUCGCUAUAGCAGAUUUCUCAUCAGGUGCUAUGGAAAAUUGGGGUCUGGUUACAUACAGAGAGCCUUGUCUGCUGGUGGACCCUGAGAAUACAUCUUCUAUAAGGAAACAAUACAUUGCUCUUGUAGUAGGACAUGAAUUAGCCCAUCAGUGGUUCGGGAAUCUAGUCACAAUGGAAUGGUGGACACAUCUAUGGUUGAAUGAAGGUUAUGCGUCCUUUGUUGAGUUUCUAUGUGUUGCUCAUCUUUUCCCUGAAUUUGACAUCUGGACUCAGUUUGUCGCUGACACAUACAUUCCUGCACUUGAGCUUGACUGUUUAAGAAACAGUCAUCCUAUUGAGGUUCCAGUUGGACAUCCUGCGGAAAUUGAUGAAAUUUUUGAUGAUAUUUCCUACAACAAAGGAGCAUGCGUUAUCCGAAUGCUUCAUAAGUACAUUGGGGAUGCAGAUUUCCGGAAGGGAAUGAACCUGUACCUGACCCGCCAUCAGUACAGGAAUACUUUUACAGAAGACUUGUGGUCUGCUCUGGAAGAAGCUAGCAACAAGCCAGUACGUGCUGUGAUGUCUUCAUGGACCAAGCAGAUGGGGUUUCCCAUAGUGAAAGUGUCAAGCGAGCAAGACGGCAGUGAUCGCAAAGUGGUCAUUUCACAAGAAAAGUUCUGUGCGGACGGAAGUUACGACUGUGAUGGGACCCGCUGGAUGAUCCCAGUGAUGUUCAGCACUUCACAGAAGCCGGGUGAAGUGGCUCAUUAUACACUCCUUGAGAAGGAUACAUCAGAAGUGACUUUGAAGAAUGUAGCAGCUAGUGAUUGGAUUAAGGUGAACCCAGGCACUGUGGGUUUUUACCGCACUCAGUAUCCGCCACAACUUUUGGAGCAGUUUGUGGCACCCAUACGUGACAUGUCUCUCCCGCCACUUGACAGACUUGGCCUGCUUGAUGAUCUCUUUGCCAUGGUCCAGGCAGGCCAUACGCCCACCGUUGAAGUGCUGAAACUUCUGGAAGCAUUCACUAAUGAAGACAACUUCACAGUUUGGUCAGCUAUCAACAACUGUCUUAGCAAGCUGUCUAGUCUUCUCUCUUGCACCGAUUAUGAAGAUCUCUUCAAAGCAUAUGGGCGCCGGCUCUUGCAGGGGGUUUAUUCACGUGUGGGCUGGGAUCCACGGGACAAUGAAAGUCACCUAGAUACGUUACUGAGGGCUCUUGUCAUCGGCCGAUUGGGUUCAUUUGAAGACGAAGCUGUAAUUGCUGAAUCGCAGAAAAGGUUUGAAGCUCAUAUAUCUGGAGGUCCGUUAAUACCAGCCGAUCUUCGUAGUCCUGUCUACAGAGCGGUCCUGUCUGCUGGAGAUGAAUCCACUUACAAUACCAUGCUUCGGUUAUAUCGAGAAGCUGAUUUACUCGAAGAGAAGGAUCGUAUCUCUCGAGCACUUGGAGCCAUUCGUAAUGAGGAGAUUCUAAAGGAAGUGCUUCAAUUUGCCAUGUGUGAUGAGGUGCGAUCACAAAAUACGGUCUUUGUCAUUGUCUCGGUAGCUACGACCAAGAAGGGUAGGGAACUUGCCUGGAGUUUUUUCAAGGAGAACUGGCAGGUGUUCAUGGACAGAUAUCAGGGGGGCUUUCUUUUGGCGCGACUUGUGAAAUAUGUGACUCAAAAUUUUGUCACUGAGGAGGAUGCUGAGGAGAUAGAAACUUUCUUCAGAGAUCAUCAUACCCCAGGAACAGAGCGUUCAGUACAGCAGAGCUGUGAGACGGUCCGCUUGAACGCAGCUUGGUUGAAACGUGACCGUGAUUCUGUGCGCAAAUAUCUCAGUUUUGGCAAAUAAUUUGGGAAUUGUACCAGAAUGGCUGGGUUAAUAAUUUUAGUACAUAAACCAGUAAGGCAAAUAAGUGUGUGAUUCUCCCGAUGACUUGAAACCUUUGGAAUGAGUUAAGGGUAUUUCCAUCAGCUCUGUACAGGUAGAAACCUACUACAUGUAUUAGAACGUGGUGUUCGUUAAGUCAGUACUGUAUUUUUGGUAUUAAUUUGACCUUGAAAUGGAGCAGCAAGGAAUGGAAAAUGAAGUUCCAUAUUUAUAUUAAAUAAUUUACUUCAAACUUUUUUCAGAAUAUGUUGUUAUAUUUGCAUUACGCUACAUAGUUAAAAUAUGUACAAUAUUGGUACAGGUAUUUAUAAAUUACAGAAUUUAUUUUCUGUUAAUUUUGGUAAUUUUGAGAAAUCAUAUCCGUUAUUUGACACUUAAUCAAAAGUUGAAUGUCACAUAUAGUUAUUCUGUUUCUCCAGGUCAGGACUUUAUCUGAACAUUUCACAGGGAAUGGAAUAUUGCAUCAUAGCAUCAUGUUGUAUAUGUAAUGUUUCAUGUCUUUGUCCAUGAACACAAUCUAUAUAUAGAUAUACUGCUCAUUAAAGGUUUACAUGUUUCAACCUUUUGGGCAUCAUCAGGUAUUGUGCAUGGACCCUUGAUUUUUCUAUUUUUCCCCUACAUUGGACAAUAUACCUAUAUGUACAGGUAUAUGUAUAUAUGGAUACAGUGUAACUAUAUAUUUAUUCACUCACGACAGUAGAAGUAUGGAUGCCCAUACAUUUCAUUGUUUUUGCAACAUGUUUUGGCUCAUUAAGCCACCAUCGGGUAUUUGACUUUCAUCUGCUAAUAUUCCUACAUUGGCCAGUGCUUAGAUAAUACUAGCAGACAGAUAAAGGCGGAUGUAGAUAAGUGAAAUACCUGAUGAUGAUUUAAUGAGCCGAAACUGUGGAUGUAUGAUGGAUGCAUAUUUCCUCUUGUGGUGAUAGAAUAAAACAAACAAAUUUCACACAUAUGAUAUGAUGCCAAAAUAUAAUAUUUCUAGUAUAACUAUGUCCUUUGGUGCUGCUCAUUUUUUUAAUCAUAUUUCUUGAUGCUGUGUUUCAUGAUGGAAAAGUCGCAGACAUGGCAAAGUCAAAUCAUUUGUCCUACAUUUCAUCAUCCCAACCUGUGCAUAUGUCCAUCAGUGGUAAAUACUAAGUUUCAAAGUUGUUUCAAUUAGUUUAAUGGAAUGUGUUAUUUUCUGUGCACUUUUUACGCUAAAUCAGACAUAACAAAUAUGAUCUAGUGUAUCUAGUUACUUGUUAACAAUUAUAAAGCCUGACAUGUUUGACUGUAUAUGGCUGUUGCCUGGGGCAUGCAACUUUAUGUAAACUGAUGAUUAAAAUUUACAGGAAUUAUUUAAAAUUGAUCAUACAUAAAGUACGUAUGACAUUAAAAAUUAGUUUAAUAUAAGCCAGUGAAGUGUAAAUGUAAAUUCCCUAUGACAUAUUGAAGACAGCGCAGUGUGGAAGUUGGAUUACCUUAUCUUGUUUUGCAUUUAUUCAGUUCUGUCUUCUGAUAUAUGUGUGUUUGUUGUUGGACUGAGUCAGUCUGGCAACACACCCCACUUGUUGGACUGACUCAGUCUGAGAACACAUUCACCACUUAAGAAUAUACCUCAAGGCAAGAUCAAAUACUUGUUUAAUUAUUUAUUAAUAAAAGGAUUAGAUACAUUAGAGAGUAUUUGUUAUGUUUAAUUUCUUGUUUCAGUCAUUUUAUAUUUUUGCUAUGUGUAUAAUUAGCUUAGAAUAAUUUACAAACAAAUGACUUAUCUUCUAGCGUGUAAUGCCAUAUGGCCUUUUAGAAUUUCAUUGACAUUUCAGAGGAUCUUCAUGUUUUCAUUGUAGAAGGGUAAAUGAAAGAAGAAC